AUGGCAAGUGUGCAGGCUGACUCAUGCAAUAAGAAUAAGUCAACAGAAAAGGGCAUCUGCUGGGAAUCUUAUUACUUACUAGUCAAGAAGUACGAUGCACUUGUGAGGGUUCAGAAAAAUAUAAUUCAACGUAGGUACAACAUUCCUGGAGUCACUGGAGCUACUUUAGGACUUUCGCUACAAGAAGAAAUGCAAAUGUCAAGCAAGUUUAGCAGUAAUCUGACGGCUAGUGGAGGGAGUGAGUUUAUAUCAGGUAGUAGCAGGCACACUGGUGAAAAUGGCAAGAUUAUUAGCAAACUUUUUGCUAGCACACCGACUGACUGUUUGGAGGCAGAAACCUUGAGAUCUGGAUUCAUUGACAAGGACAGCGAAACAAACGAUAAGGCUACUCAGACCGAGGGUAGACCCAGUAGUUUUCUCUGCUCAAUCAUAGAUAGUGAUGAAUGUCGCUUUAGUAUCUACGAUGAUACCAGCACAUUAAAAAACUGCUUUCAUCAAACGGUCAAGUACCGCAAGCUUUUUAGCGAGAUAUUUGAGUUGCUUAAACGUACUGCUGAAGGCAAUGAUAUACUUUUAAAUAUAAAUGAGCGAAAGCAGCGAUCUUUGACCAACUUAUUUGAGGCAGAAACACUCACACCGCUAGCUGAGCAACGUUCGAGUUCUGCUGAGUUCUUUAAAAAUAUUUCUAGUGAAGCUACUGACGAUGUCAAUAGUCUUAUCACAUUUACCAUAUCUUCGGUUGCCUCGGAACCUACUUUUCCAGUGCUCUCGCCCAUCAUUCAAUCUCAAGAGUCCAAGCAUCAAACUCAUCAUGACCAAAAGUCUCAACAGAGGAAUCAAGAAAAAAAGCUGGAUGCAACCCCGUGGACCCUCCAUACUAAUACACGUCGUCAGCCUCUUGACUACCUAUACGUGCAAAUUCGGAAGCGCAACUCAAAUAAAAAUGGCCGACACAACUUUGAAACGUCAUAUCCUGCAGAUGUCGAGCCCACAAUAAAUCUACGGGCUGAAAAGUUAAGAACUACCGUCAGUGGCCAGCGCAAGUCCUGCUCCUUAACGGCUUAUGGACUUAUAGAUGGUGUUAACUGGAAUGGCAGUACGGCCCACUUGUACCCUAGCACGUUUUCACGAACUAUGCAGCAACAGCAGCAGUAUUACGACAGUCAAGUAUCAACCACUAACGUCAAGAUACAACUACAGCAGCGAACCAACGAAAACUCACAGAAGUGGCCAAGCUUGGCCAAGCUCCGUAGGCUCGAGAUGUCUUACGCGGAGGUACUGCGUAUGCCAAAUCAACUCAACACAGCUAGCAGCCAUAGCUCCCAUCAACGUAGACACCACUGA